AUGCCGAUUGCUAACAAGCAAGUCAAAAGUUGCUCUCUGGACGACUUAUCAAUUCCACGCAAAGAGUUGUGUGCUGCUCAACUAUUAGCCCGUUUGCUCGACAAAGUGAUAUCAACCAUUAACGUCAACUUCAAGCUAGUAACUUUGUGGUCCGACAGCCAAAUUGUUUUGGCAUGGUUAAAAAAACAUCCAAGCCAAUUAGAGGUCUUCGUACGCAAUCGUGUAACGCAGAUAAGUAAAUUAACACAAAACUACGAGUGUAGACAUGUUCCAUCCCAGCUAAACCCAGCAGAUAUUAUCUCGAGAGGUCAACUGCCAUUCACUCUUACAGAGAAUAGAGUAUGGUGGAAUGGUCCCGACUUUCUCAACGAAUCGAUCAUCACCAUGGAACCAUGCGAAGAAGUUUCCGAUUCUGAAUUACCCGAAUUAAAACCUGCGAUCAUAUCAACGAUUGUAAUCAUCGAGCUACAGUUACCAGUUUUCGAGAGGUACAGUUCCUUCCGCAAGCUACAAAGAGUCAUUGCAUGGAUUCUUCGCUACGUGAACAAUUCGAGGAAGCAGAAAACCAAUCGUAUACUCGAAAAACGACUAAACACCGACGAACUGCGUCAAUCAAUGCUAGUAAUAGUGCGAGUAAUUCAACACAUCGAAUUAGGAGAUGAAAUUCAGCGUCUACAGUCGAACCGACCAUGUAAACGAAUUGGAUCACUUAACCCCAUCUACGCCAACGACGUCUUACGAGUGGGUGGACGUCUUAACAACGCGCAUAUUCCUGACGAAUCUAAACAUCAGCUUAUUUUGCCGCAUACCAACUCUGUUACUAAGCUGCUUAUCCGGACAAUGCAUAUUGAGCAGCUCCAUGUUGGUCCCACAGGAUUGCUAGCAGCAAUUCGUCAACGUUUCUGGCUGACUAAUGCACGGGCGACAGUACGAAAUGUAACCAGAUUGUGUGUAAAGUGUUUCAAAGUGAAUCCGACCAACGAAAUACAACUAAUGGGUCAGUUAUCAAAGCAACGAGUUACUCCUUCGCAAAUAUUCAGCAUCGUGGGAGUAGACUACGCUGGACCUAUCAUAGUAAAGCAAGGAACCUAUCGACCCAAAAACAAUCAAGAAACCGAAAUCGAUCGCAUCGUCCAGUUUUGUCAAACGAAGGAAAUAAAGUGGAACUUUAUUCCGCCAGACGCUCCAGAGUUUGGAGGACUCUGGGAAGCAGCCGUGAAAUCGACGAAGACGCACCUGAAACGAGUUAUUGGAAACGCAGUGCUAACAUUCGAGGAAAUGACUACAACCUUAUGCGAAAUCGAAGCAAUUUUGAAUUCUCGUCCAUUGUUUGCUGUAUCAAAUCAUCCUGCUGAUCCUGAGGUAAUCACUCCGGCACAUUUCCUGAUUGGACGUCCUAUGAAUGCGAUUCCAGAACCGUCGUAUAACGAGGUCAAAAUCAACCGCCUCUCCCGCUGGCAACAUUGUCAGCUUAUGCGUGAACAUUUCUGGCGAGCGUGGUCUAAAGACUACCUUAUGAGUUUGCAACCUCGAAAGAAAAAUUGGAUGACGAUUGACAACGUUAGACCAGGUAUGGUGGUUCUACUACACGACAAGACUCGGACCCCAUUAAUUUGGAAACUAGGCCGUGUGACUGCUGUACAUCCCGGUCCAGAUGGUUUAGUUCGAGCUGUGGACAUCCUAAGCGAAGGAAGCGUCUACAGACGUCCCAUCACGAAGUUAUCAAUUCUACCCAUAGAAGAUAAUCAACGCUUACGCAAAAAAUCAGCAUAA